AUGGCGUCUCCACCCCCCUCCCACUCACGGCGGCGCGAUAAUCUUAUCAGAGACGGCGAGGGUGCCCUAAGGACAGUUGUCGAAGGUGUCGGUGUAGCUGCAGCUGUUACGGAGAACGUGCCCUACCUUGGCGUCAUCUCAGCGAUAGUCUCUGAAGUAUUCAAAAUUCAUUCGGAGAUCAGCUCGGCGCGCUCAAAACACCGGUUGGUGUUGGACCUCGCGCAGAAGCUCAAAAGCGUCGUUGAGAAAACGCAUGAUUACUACAAGAAUACCGGCCCGGAAGGGUCUGAAUUGUCGCUCAAAAUGGCAAGCGCUUUGAAGGGCUUCGAGAGCUCAAUCUCUGCCACUCUCGCCACCUUGACGGCCUUCAACCUCACAUCGAGAUCGUUUAAAGGUCGUGCGCGAGAAGUGCUCAAUCGCACGGCACUCUUGAGUGCUUUGGAGGACAGUCGCGUCGGGCUGUACGAUGCGGUCCAUGUGUUCAAUCUAGAGAUUAUGUCAAUCAACAUGGAGAUGGUCAUAGAUGUGCAUCAUCGACUGCUACAGGGCCCCCCAAGGAUCGGUUAUGGCGGACUUUCAACUGCAAACUUGCCGAAUCCACAGCCCGCUGUGUCUGCAGGACGCAUGAACGUUAAUGCUCUCAUGAGAGAGCCCUCAAUCUCUCGAUCUGUACUACAGCUCGACGAUGUCCCCGAUGCCCUGCGCCCAUCACUGCAAACCUUCAUGUCUGACGUAAAUUCCUAUUUGGAUAGCAUCACACGUCGGCAGUCGUGGUCAAGUCCGGCGAUUAUCUCGUGGGAUGCGUUCAAUGAUACUGCCAGGAAUAGUGCGAGGGACGACUCUGCGACCAGUACCCGCAAUUCAACUGAGGGGUGUCACGUCCAGCCGUGCUCAUCAACGCACAGUCUUGUGCAAACGAGCGGUUUGGGUGGCGUAGGCUCGAAUCUGGCACGUAACGGAGGUGUCGCCGAAGAGCAAGAACUGGCCGCGAACCUCAAUGUCGUUCCUAUUGCAUCCGGAGAAGCUGUUUGGCCAGACGGCGUCGAGCGAGGAAAUGGAGAGUCAACGACCACAAGGAACGUUGGACACGGCCAGACGUGUACGUGCCAUGGUCCCGGUCGCAAGCCAUCCGUUGGCGAGUGGCAGUGGCUGUCUCGUUGUACCAAAUACGGACCCGUAAAUCCCCAUGAGCGCUUAGACGCCAUCCCACUCGCCUUUCAAGUUGGUGGUGCUAUUACCGCUGCUCGGCGACGAGAUGACGGCGCGCUUGUGGUCAUGAAGAUUGUCAAGAAAGACGCACAUCCGAACGAACUCAAAAUCUUGUUAUUCUUAUCGGAAAUCAAGGACUCGCGGAAUUAUAACGUACCCAUACUGGACUCCUUCGAUGUGCCUGUGGACCCCACGUUGACCAUCACGGUGCUGCCUCUUCUGAGGAGGGCUGAUGAUCCGCCCUUUGAAACAGUGUGGGAAGUGGUGGAGUGCAUUCGGCAACUACUUGAGGGAUUACAAUUUAUGCACGAGCACAAUAUCGCUCACAGAGAUUGUUUCUGGCCUGACAUCAUGAUGGAUGCCUCGUGGAUGUGCAUGCGGCCAUUCCACCCUGCUAACCCGGAACGCUCGGGCGACUGGAGAGGACUCGCAAAGCAUAUAUCGCGCACGGAAACUUUCAUGCGAACAGGAAAGCAUGUGAAAUACUUCUUCGUCGACAUGGGCAUCUCCAGGCAUUCCGAGGGUCACGAUCCCAUUUGUGGAAAUCUGCGCGAGCUCCCGACCGUACCAGGAGAUGGAUUCGUCCUCGAGCACCAAGACGCACGGAAUAACACCCCCUCCGAUCUUUUCGCUACCGACGUCUACUUGCUAGGCAAUACGAUUCGCGAGCGCUUUCUAAGGGCAUCAGGAAAGCUAUCGUUUCUCGAGGAUCUUGUCUCGCUCAUGACUACAGAUGAUCCUCGAGCUCGCCCGAGGAUCGGAGAAGUGGCUGUGCUCUUUUCACGUCUGACUUUGGAAAAGGCAGAGUUGGAUUCUCCGCUUGUUUCGACUCGGAGAGUCAAGCGACGUGCUCCAGUCCCGGCGCAGACCUCGAGCCUAGUCUCAUCGUCGGUGCCACCGCCAGCUAUGUUCGCUACGACAUCGCGGCAAGCAGUUAAGUGUCAUGUUAGCGCAUCAAGCGCCCCCGGAAGCAAGGCGUUACAAGGCAACCACGACGUCAAAGAACGCAAGCAGCGUAGACGAAGGAUGCAAGCGGAUAAGCAAACUCUUACUCCACAGGGACAGGCGAGUAGAGCAGGAAGAAGGCGAAAGCGAGAGUAA